AUGGCAGAUGGCCUGACGGACUGUGUGGACCCAGACUGCUGCCAGCAGCCUAGCUGUCACAGUGGGCCUCUGUGCCAGGGCUCCCCAGACCCCCUGGACCUGAUCCAGCAGAACCAGACCCCCUACGCCUCGCUCCUCUCACGCCUCUUCUACGACCGCGUACGCUUCCUGGUUGGAAAGGACAGCACCCAUGUCUUCCCUGGAGACAUCCCAUUCGACAGCAGCCGAGCCUCAGUGAUCCGGGGGCAGGUGGUGGCACUAGACGGGACCCCAUUGGUGGGAGUGAACAUCAGCUUCCAGCAGUACCCUGAAUUUGGCUUCUCUGUCAGUCGCCAGGAUGGCAGUUUUGACCUGGUGGCUGCAGGGGGCAUCUCAGUCUCUCUGAUCUUCCAGAGGGCUCCCUUCCUCAUGCAGAAACGCACCAUCUGGUUACCGUGGAACCAGUUUGUGGUUGUAGAGAAGGUCACCAUGGCGAGGGUUGAGUCUCGCCCCCCUGUGUGUAACCUGAAGAACCUGGUCAGUCCGUACCCCAUCGUCCUCCCCUCCCCUCUCAUCCGCUUUGCCAGAACCUGUGAGGAGCGAGGCCCAGCCAUCCCUGAGCUGCAGGCUGUCCAAGAGGAGAUCACCAUCCCUGGCAGUUUCUUAAAGCUCAGCUACCUGAGCACCCGCUCCCCUGGCUACAAGGCUCUGUUCCGCAUCAUCUUAACCCACUCCAUCAUCCCCACCGGCCUGGCUAAGGUGCAUGUGUCCACCGCCAUCGAGGGACGACUCUUUCAGAAGUGGUUCCCUGCCGCCCCAAACCUGGUCUACGUCCUGGCCUGGAACAAGACUGAUGUCUAUGGGCAGAAAGUGGUGGGCCUGGCCCAAGCUCUGGUCUCUGUAGGCUAUGAGUAUGAGUCAUGUGCUGACUACAUUGUGUGGGAGAGAAGGAUGGCUCAGCUGCAGGGCUUUGAGAUGAUUGCCUCCAACCUGGGGGGAUGGUCCCUGGACAAGCACCACAUCCUUAACCUACAAAGUGGUGUUCUACACAAAGGGAAUGGAGAGAACAUCUUCAUCUCCCAGCAACCGCCAGUCAUUUACACAGUGAUGGGGACGGGGUACUUGCGCACAAUCCCCUGCCCCAACUGUAACGGCCCUGCCCUGGGUAGAAAGCUCUACGCUCCUGUCGCUAUCACCUGUGGCUCUGACGGCAGCAUCUAUGUUGGCGACUUCAACUUCAUCAGAAGGAUUCUUCCCAAUGGAUUCGUCAUCAGCGUUUUAGAAUUGAGCUCCAGCCCAGCCCAUAAGUACUACUUGGCCAUGGACCCAGUAAGGGAGGCCCUCUACUUGUCUGACACCAGCAGCAGGAGGGUCUACAGACUCAGGACCCUCACAGAGCCCAAGGACCUGGCCAAAAACAUGGAGGUGGUGGCAGGGACGGGGGACCAGUGCACCCCCUUCGACCAGGGCCACUGUGGAGACGGGGGCAAAGCCAUCGAUGCCUCCCUCAACAACCCCAGAGGGAUUGCAGUGGACAAGCAAGGAUUUGUCUACUUUGUUGAUGGAACCAUGAUUCGCAAGAUCAAUGGGAAAGGAAUGAUAUCAACUGUCAUUGGUUCCAACGGCUUGAUGUCCACUCAACCGUUAAGCUGUGACGCCCGCAUGGAUAUUUCACAGGUUCGUCUAGAAUGGCCCACCUACCUGGCUGUCAACCCCAUGGACAACUCCCUAUACAUCUUGGACAACAACAUAGUGAUCCAGGUGUCAGAGAGCAGCCAGGUGAGGAUCGUGGCGGGACGGCCCAUCCACUGCCAGGUCCCUGGGAUCGACCACUACCUGGUCAGCAAGGCAGCUGUCCACUCCACCCUGGAGGCAGCCAAAGCCAUCGCAGUUUCCCACCAGGGCACUCUCUACAUCGCUGAGACGGACGAGAGGAAGAUCAACCGCAUCCAGGAGGUCACCACCAACGGGGAGAUCUCUGUGGUGGCCGGGGCGCCCACUGAGUGUGACUGCAAGAUCGACCCCAACUGUGACUGCUUCUCUGGCGAUGGUGGAUAUGCCCGUGAUGCCAAGCUAAAGGCUCCCUCGUCCCUGGCUGUUUCCCCUAACGGGACUCUGUACAUCUCAGACCUGGGGAACAUCCGUAUCAGGGCCCUGUCCCCCAACAGGCCCCAGCUCAACCAGAACAGCAUGUAUGAGAUCACCUCUGUGGUGGACCAGGAGCUCUAUCUGUUCAGCGUGAACGGCACCCACCUCCACACCCGCAGCCUGGUCACCGGAGACUACGUCUAUAACUUCACCUACUCAGGAGAGGGCGACGUGAGCGCCGUGGUCUCCAGCGACGACACCGCGGUCCACGUGCGCCGUGAUGCCAAUGGCGUGCCCCUCUGGCUGCUGGUGCCCGGGGGUCAGGUCUAUUGGCUCACUAUCAGCAAUGGGGGUGUCCUCAAGAAGGUCUCCGCCCUGGCGCAUGACCUAGCGCAGAUCAGCUACCAUGGCAACUCAGGUCUCCUGGCAACCAUGAGCAAUGAGAUUGCCUGGACAACGGUCUAUCAGUAUAAUUCUGAUGGUCAUCUCAUCAAUGUCACCUUGCCAACGGGAGAGGUCAGCAGUUUCUACGGCAAUAUGGAGAAAUCAGUGCGGGUGGAAGCAGACACUUCAAAUCGGGAGAAAUUCAUCACAGCCACAAACUUCUCUGCUGCCAGCACUAUCUAUACAUUACGCCAAGAGCAUGCUCAAAACACGUACCGUGUGAGUUCGGACGGCUCUCUGUGGGUGACGUUCGCCAGCGGCAUGGAGGUGACCCUGAACACAGAACCCCACAUCUCGGCGGGCGUGGUCAACCCCACGGUGGGCAAGUGUAACAUCACCCUUCCGGGCGAGAAUGCUCACAGUGUCAUCGAGUGGAGGCAGCGAAGAGACCAGGCGAAAGGGAACUACACAGCCUACGAACGCAGGCUCAGGGCUCACAACAGAAACGUGCUGUCCAUAGACUUUAACCAAGCCACACGAGUAGGCAAGAUCUAUGACGACCACCGCAAGUUCACCCUGCGGAUCCUCUAUGACCAGAUGGGUCGUCCCAUCGUCUGGUCUCCCAGCAGCAAGUACAAUGAGGUGAAUGUGACCUACUCUCCAGCGGGCCUGGUUACCAGCAUCCAGAGGGGCAACUGGUCAGAGAAACUGGAGUAUGAGAAUGGGAGGGUGGUCUCCAGGACAUGGACCAAUGGGAAGAUAUGGAGCUACACUUUUCUGGAGAAGUCGGUCAUGCUGCUGUUGCACAGCCAGCGGCGGUACACCUUUGAGUAUGACCACACGGACUACCUGAUGUCUGUGACCAUGCCCAGUAUGGUGCGUCACAGCCUGCAGUCUAUGCUGUCAGUGGGCUACUACAGGAACACCUACAGCCCACCAGACAGCAGCGGAGCCUCUGUGAUCCACGACUACAGCCAUGAUGGCCGUCUGCUCCAGACUCUGUACCUGGGCACUGGCCGCCGUAUCCUCUACCGCUACACCCGCCAGUCCCGCCUGGCAGAGAUCCUGUACGACACCACCCUGGUCACCUACACCUACGAGGAGACCUCCGGGGGGGUGAAGACCAUCCACCUCAUGAACCAGGGCUUCAUGUGCACCAUCCGCUACAGACAGACAGGUCCUCUGGUUGGGAGACAGAUCUACAGGUUUAGUGUGGAGGGCCUGGUGAAUGCCAGAUUUGACUACAGCUAUAAUAACUUCCGGGUCACCAGCAUGCAGGCCAUGAUUAAUGAAACCCCUCUUCCCAUUGACCUUUACCGUUAUGUUGAUGUGUCAGGAAGAAUUGAACAGUUUGGGAAAUUCAGUGUCAUAAACUAUGACCUCAAUCAAGUGAUCACUACACACAUCAUGAAGCACACUAAGAUAUUUAAUGCCAACGGACAAGUGAUCGAGGUCCAGUAUGAGAUCCUGAAGUCUAUUGCCUACUGGAUGACAGUGCAGUAUGACAACAUGGGCCGCAUCACUAUCUGUGACAUCAGAAUUGGUGUGGAUAACAACAUCACACGCUACUCAUACGAGUAUGAUGCUGAUAGUCAGCUCCAGGCUGUGUCGGUGAAUGAUAGGCCACAGUGGCGCUAUAGUUACGACCUCAACGGCAACAUUAAUUUACUGAGUCAUGGCAACAGUGCCAGACUAACGCCGCUGCGCUACGACUUACGAGACCGCAUAACACGGCUCGGAGAAAUUCAGUACAAAAUGGAUGAAGAUGGCUUUCUUCGCCUGCGGGGCAAUGUCAUGUUUGAUUACAACUCCAACGGGCUGCUUGCCAAAGCGUUUGACAAAGUGUCAGAGAGGAGUGUUCACUACCGCUACGACGGCCUGGGCAGGCGGGUGGCCAGCAGGACCAGUGACGGCCAGCAGCUGCAGUACUUCUAUGCCGACCUGACCAAACCCACCAGGGUGACCCACAUGUACAACCACUCCAGCUCUGAGAUCACCUCGCUCUAUUACGACCUGCAGGGACACCUCAUCGCCAUGGAGCUGAGCAGUGGGGAGGAGUACUACGUAGCCUGUGAUAACUCUGGCACACCACUGGCCAUCUUCAGCAGCCAAGGACACAUAGUCAAGGAGAUGCUCUACACCCCUUACGGAGACAUCUACCAAGACUCAAACCCUUCCUUUCUGCUGAUCAUCGGGUUCCAGGGCGGUCUCUAUGAUGCGCUGACCAAGCUGGUCCACCUGGGGAGGAGGGACUAUGAUGUGGUGGCUGGGAGGUGGACCACUCCCAACCAUAACCUGUGGACGGAGCUCAGUAUCAACCCCAAGCCUUUCAACCUCUACUCCUUCAAAAACAACUACCCUGUUGCAGAGUUACAGGAUGUCACCAAGUUCACUACAGACAUCAGCAGUUGGUUGCAACUGUUUGGGUUCCAGCUCCACAACGUUGUCCCUGGUUACCCCAAGCCGGAGGUGGAGAGCAUGGAGCAAACCUACGAAAUGAUGAAGACUCAAACCAAGACACAAGACUGGGACCCUAGCAAGGUUCUGUUGGGUAUCCAGUGUGAGCUGCAGAAACACCUGAAGAACUUCAUCUCUCUGGACCGACUGCCUAUGAGUAAGAUGACUGGUCAGCUGGGGGCGUGGCAUGGCCGGAGGCCCCGCUUCUCUGCCAUCUCCUCCAUCUUUGGAAAGGGUGUCAAGUUCGCCAUCAGAGAUAAUGUUGUCACCACCGAAAUCAUUGGGGUUGCAAGCGAGGACAGCCGGCGUGUGGCAGCAGUCCUAAACCACGCACUCUACCUAUCCGGCCUGCACUUCACGGUAAACGGUCUGGACACUCACUACUUUGUCAAGCCUGGCCUGCUGGAGGGGGACCUGGGAGUGGUUGGCCACAAUGGAGCGGGUCGCGUCCUGGAGAACGGCGUCAACGUGACCGUGUCCCAGAUGACGACGGUGGUGGAUGGGAGGACUAGGCGCUUCGCUGACAUCCAGAUGCAGCACGGGACUCUGUGCUUCAACAUCCGCUACGGGGCCACAGAGGAAGAGGAGAGGGAGCAUGUGCUGGAGGUGGCCCGGCAGAGGGCGGUGGAGCAGGCCUGGGUCAUCGAGCAGAGGAGGCUGGAGGAAGGAGAGGAGGGCUCCAGGCUCUGGACAGAAGGAGAGAGGCAGCAGUUGCUCACCACUGGACGGGUUCCCGGCUAUGACGGCUACUUCGUGCUCCCCGUGGAGCAGUACCUGGAGCUCUCUGACAGUGCCAACAACAUUCACUUCAUGAGGCAAAGUGAAAUAGGGAGGAGGUAACAGCGGCAUCGUGCUUCACUACUGCCGUGGGUUCCCCUUCACCAAAGACAGUCUGUUUUUAGACAUACAAUGAUUUGUUGUACCGUUUUUUCUAGAAUGAUGACGAUAAAUAUACAAAAAAAAGACAACUGCCUUUAAGUGACAAAUGAUGGUAUUUUGUUUCACCUGUGUUCUGAUUGUUUUGUUUCUUCUGAGAAUGAAUUGAUCAUUUGAAACUCUUGACUGUAUCAUUUUGGAGUUACUUGGCUAGCUUAUGUAAUUUGACCUACUUUGUAAGCUGUUAGAUAUGCUGAAUCUGAGAUGACAGACUCCGUAUCAAGUUCAUUACCAUAUAAUUAAUCUUUAUACAUACUGUAUCUAUAACAGUGUAGUGAAUUGCUGUCAUUUCAGUUUAUACAGUGCAUAUCUGUCUGCAAUCUCUUGAGAAAUGGCAGUGACAGCUACUGUCUUCUUGUGACUAUGAGACUCACUGGCAUCUGGAAUUUUGCUGCUUUCUGUGUAUUUAAAGUUCUGGUGGUACAAUGGAGUAGAUUGUGUGGGUUUAGACACAUGACAUUGUAUAUAGCAAGUGCUUUAGCGAGAUACAAGUGCUUAACUUAAUAAUGUGUUGUUACUGAUUAUUAAUCGUUAAUCCUAUCAAUAGAAUUGAUCACUGGAGUUACACAGAGCAACAGGAAAAAGUAUUCAUGCUGAAAACCUGUACAGUACAGUUUACUUUUUUACAAAUUGCUUAUUGUAAAAUAUAAUGUAUUAUCUGGGUGGAGCUUGUGCCUUUCUGCUCUUAAAAAAACGUUGAAGGAUGACAAUUUAAUCAAAACAUCUCCUUCCAUACCAUGAAAAGUGUUAUUAUUUAUGUCCUGGACUCGAUUCCUUAUGGAGUGGCGCUUGCAGGGCAGACUAUAGUGCCCUGUGCAAAGUGCUAAAUCAUAGUGUAAAUGUGACAGAAAACCUCAUAUUGUAAUUCACAGAGAUUACAUUCAUUGUACCUUAAUUAUUCUGAUGCCAUUACAAGGCACUCCUUCCCAGUCCCGAUCAGUUAUAUCUGAGCUAGCAAGUCAAUUGGCAGACAGUGCAGUAGGUAAGUCUCUGCCGCCAAUGUGAAAUCCAAACGUCACAAAUGAGUUGAGUAAGAAUUUUGUACUGGAACGAUGAUAUGUUUGUAAAAAAUGUCCAUCCAUGUAGGAGAAGGACCACUUAUAUAGGCCCACGUAUAGACUUUACAUAUCAGAACAGGGUGAAAAGCAGAAAGGAAAUAGAACACAUUCACAGUGGGUAGCUUACAAGAGCCUGACUGUGUACUAGUUACGGGUCAAAUGUAGUGAAUGUGGAGGAGGAUUUUUCAAAGAGAAAUGCACACAUUGAGUAGCUGUUUAAAACAGAUAAAACAGUCUGGAAACAUCCCAUUUUUUAAAUAUUUACUCAACAUGUAUUUGGUCUGUGCUUCAUUUACUACAACAAAGUCACAUUGUGUUUCAGCAUGUCAUUCUUCUGUAAAAAAGUACUUUAUGCCGUAUGCCUCGGCGUCUAGUAUUCCACCAGACAUUUGAGGAAAUUAGAUGUGCAUAACAUUACACCGUCUUCACAACAGCUGAAAUAUUUUGAAUGCAGCCCCAAUUAAACAAGCCUUAGUUCGUCAAUCGUUUACUCAGUCCUUUGAAACAUCUAAGAAUCCUCAUUAUUUCUUAUUUCCAAAGACAAACUUUCAAGUCUGGGAUGAUAUUGAACUAUUUAUUAUGUAUUAAUUUUGGGCUCAGAGUAUGACAUGUUUGGAGCUGGAGAAGAGGGAAGAGUGAACGGGUGUCCAGUUAUCCAGACCCAUAUCCACAAUUUGGUUGUAUUGUUAAGGAUUUGUAAUAAUCGGGAUGUGUAUGGUUUGUGUACUGACAUUUGUUUUCCAUGCUUCUCAUACAGAAAUGAAACAUUAACACUGUGGAAAAGGCUGAACCAAAAGCAUGGAGUACAAAGACAAACACCCUAUAUUCUGAUAUUCACUUUAAUACUGUCCAGUUCAUCAAAAAUAUAAUUCUGUGCAACCUUAUGUUGUUUUUUACUUUAAUUGUCAUUGGGGUGUAUUGCAAAAAUGAAUUGUACAAAAUGUAGGCUAUAUGGUAUACUAUAUAACAUAUUUUGGGUAAAUGAAUUGAUAGUACUCCAUAUAAUGAAUAAUGCUCUGCCCAUUGGUGUUCAUAUUGAUGAUACUGUCUCAGUUGGGUAACUCCGAGAACCAAGACAGUGUGAUUGCCAAGAUACAUUUGUAUGGUAUGAAAACACUGAUAUCGCUUGAUUGCAUUUUCUACUCUGGGCUUUGACCAAGAGGCAUGUAUUUUCUGCAAGUGCUCCAGGAAGUGAGUGUAAAUAAUGAGAAGAAGUUAAUAUAUUGGUUGUGGAAAGUUCAUAUUAAAAACAAGGUACUUUGAAGGUUUGACUUUUAAUAAAUAAAUGUGCAAAUUCUUUAUCCA